AUGCAGAGCGUCCAGCGGCAGUUUGGCAAGUACAUGAAGAGAAGUGCAGACGAGAAGACCAUCUCGGUGCUGCUCAAGGACUUUGAGGAAGCAGAUCACUUGCUCACGAGGAUUAUUGACUCUUCCAAGGCAUGGAAAGAGGCCUGGAUUGCUAUCCUCACUCACCAAACACGCAUCUUCACCGAACUCGAGUCCUUGUACCAGCCAAUACUUGGUGCUGGCGCCGAUUAUCAUGGCCAUACCGCAGUUGAGACGGACCCGGAGACCCUAGCCCGCACCUCGAGGUACAUGUCCGAGAGCGAGGAAUUGAAACGAGAUCUAUCGGAAGACGUGGGCCAGGUCGACACCCGCAUGAUACAUGUCGCCCAAUCCGCCAGAGAGAGCCUGCGUUUCUUAAGGAAGACGAUCAAAAAGCGAGAAGAUCGGAAACUCGAUUUCGAGCGAUACCAGGGUCGCGUCGACAACACCAAAAGCAAAACAAAGCUCUCCGAUCGAGACAGGGCAACCCUGACCAAGGCGGAAACAGAGUUACUCCAAGCCACCGAUGCCUACAACAAUGCCGACGAGCACUUACGACAAGUACUUCCUCCUGUACUAGCCGCCGUUUUCUCCCUCCUACCACACAUCCUUGCGGCUCAGAUCGAGAUUCAGAACAGCCUCCUUGGUCACUACUACACCUCUGUGCAUACCUAUUGCUCGCAAGAAGGCUUUCCCAACCCUGCACCUCCCAUGGACGAAGUCAUCCGCUCAUGGUCUGACGCUUUUCUUCCUGUGCAGAAGGAAGUCGAGUCGCUCUGUCUUAUCGCCUCUGGCAAAGCCGUCCGCCUCCCAAUGUCCCAAAGCGAAAGGCCUAAUGGCUACCCGACUAACGGCCAACGGCGGCCCUCUGCACACUCCACCCUCUCGAACCGGGGUCAUUCGCCUUCACCAGCUCGCAAACUUCCUCCGUCGCCUGAAUACGAAACCAAAUCAAAAGUGUCGCCGACACCCUCGCCCUCUGCCAAUUUCCUUCUCUCACCAACCGAGCAAACCCCUCUCAGUGCCUCGCCCGCCAGUUCUUCCGUCUAUCAGACCCCCGGCGUCGCAAGCUUCUCACCGGCAGGUCCCAAUACCGAUUACUUUAGUCGAGAUCGACAGCCCUCAUCUGCCACACAAACCCUCGCAACUCCAUCAUCCAUGUCGUCUCUGGCUUCAGCCACCUCUACCUUGGCGAUUGGCAAAAAGAAGCCCCCUCCCCCACCUCCACCACCACGGCAGAACUCACAGAAUUGGGUGUUCGUGACAGCAUUGUACGAUUUUGGUGGGCAAGGAGAAGGCGAUCUAGUGUUCCGCGAAGGAGACCGAAUAAGGGUCAUCAAGCAAACAGAGAGCAAGGACGAUUGGUGGCAAGGCGAGUUGCGGGGGGUAAAGGGGGCAUUUCCAGCCAAUUACUGUGAGUAG